GAGCACAAUGUCACUCUGGCGUCACCGGAUGCAACAGCAGACUCUUAUGUAGUGCAGGUUAUCCGUGUUGUCUCAACCACUAUGCGAGAAACUGUCUUUGUUCAAACUAUUCGCUCUGCCAAUGGUUUCCCUAUAAUGGUCUUUGCUAGUCUAGGGAACCGCUACUGGGUUCAUCUGUUCCGUGUCAGCCGCGAGGGCUUCUUCAACACAAUAAGCUGGACGUUCUUUAACCCAUCCAAUCUCACGGGAUCGGGAUAUGAAGUGCUCUCGUGGGAUGAUACCAACCGGCCCGGUUACAUGUCCAAUUUUACCAGACGAUCAGUUGCCGUCAACAGCACCAGCUUGACGUUUGACAGACCCGACCUCAGCAAGUACGGAGUGGUAGUUAGCCUUUAUACGUUUGUGAUCACUGGUCCAGUUCCGUGGAGUGUAUCCCAGCCGUACAACAUGACAACCAUCACAACUCCUCCAAUGCCCGACGGCACCUACUCGGUGUCGUUCAGGCAUGAGGGCUAUACGACACCUGACCGCUGGGUCGAUGUUCGGUCCAGCUGGGUAUCCUUGGUGAAUACACUUCCGCCAUACUUUGAUGACAUCGCUUUUCCUCUUACUUUUACAACGAGAUCUUAUGCGGACAGGCCCCAACUUGGUCAAUCGCGUUCUACGAUUACAGCAAGUGGUCAGCCCAGUCGUUUUUUCCCCCGCACUAAUACCUUUGCUUUCAGGGAUCCACAGUACCACCUUUUUUUUACAACAAGAAUUGAUGCCAACAGCAAUUCGGGCCUUGUCAGGACAGUCGCUUUCAACACAGCAACUCACUACAUACCAGGAUCAUUUCCGUUUCCGCUGUGGCCGAAAGGCGUUAAUUCAAUUGUGCCGGAGAGGAGCACAUCGAAUGGUGUUAACUUCACAGCAAUCAUUCCGGAGAUAACUCCGGCGGAUGCUGCUAUCCUUCCAUGGAUAUCAUUUGUGUACAGGCCGUACAAUAUGGGUGCCUUUUUGGCCAUCGCGCAUGUGCGCUCGGAUGCAGUGCAGCGCGGAAACAUCACCUCCGUCACUCUGGACACCCAGCUUUCUCUUCAGAGUGUAUAUGAGUUUAGGAUGCGCUGCCAAUCUGACCUUAAUGUUACCGUGGAAACCACUUACAGUGACUAUUCAGAUGUUUUGCUGGUCGCCACAAACUACUUGGAUUUCAAUAUCAGUUUACCAAAUGACGACAAAGGUGCAAACGUGCAGUAUACAAUUGAAUUGAUCCGCUACAGUCUGAACAAAGGCUUGUUUGAAACCGUGCUCGAGCAGAGUGGCUACACGGCGAGUGACUUUCCUCGUACAUUGCUAACCACCUGGCACGCUGGGCAGUUCUUCGUUCAUGUGUACGGCGUACAGCAGCCAGGCUUUCGACACACGGUCCUCAUGGACUAUUCCCAACCCGAUGUUCUGAGUCCUGUGCCACUGUUGAAGUGGUAUAUAACCAACAGCACCACUAUCCUCAGCCAGGUCACUGUCCUCUCACUAUCCCCCAACGUCAGCUUCCUCAUCGCGGAGAUACCGGAAAUUAAUCGUACUGGCGUUGAGGUGACUGAAGCCUGGCUUAGAGAGCCUACACGGGGAUUCGUCCAGACUAUGAUGGUUAUAGGCGUGCGUGCCGUGUUUUUGAAUGUGCCGGAUGGUUCAUAUGAGCUCUACUUUUCGACUGGCGCACUCUCCACCCCAACGCGCUUGGUUGAUAUCAGAUCCAAGAUUGCUAUUAUGCGGGUGCCACUACCGGAAAGUGCCGUUGCUAUAGCUGGAGGAUUCGACGCGUUCAGGAUCAUAACAUCAAUCUACAACGACCCUGGGACGCCUCCUGUCGACCGAAUCACUCCGCUCACAUCGGCAAGCUCCUUUCCUUACAACAUCACGAUCCUUGGCGCUGCUGCGCCUCAAUGGCUAGUCACCAUCAGGGUAGAUGCACGCGACAAGUCUGGCUUCUGGAAAACUCUGUCCAUUGAAAGGAGAACACACUAUACACCAGCUUAUCUCCCAACCUUCCCGGUGUGGCCGAAUGGCGUGCAGUCAAUAGUCGCAGUCAACACAACGUUCAACAGCACUCAGUUCAACAUCUCCCUUCCCAGUGCCCAGCCAGCAGACAUCGCUCAAUACCCAAACCUAGCCAUCGAGGGCAGGAUUGAAGGCAGUGGUGAUGGGUAUGAGCUAUAUCAAGUCCUGCCAACAGAUCCGUCCGACCGGCCGUCAUUUGUCGUUCUUGAUCGCCUGUUCACGCGUAAUUCCUACGAAAUACGCAUACGUGGCAAAGCUCAUGUGUACUCCUACACCACAUAUAGCGAGCCAGUGGUAAUCACAUUCCCACUUAUCACGUUCAAAGUUCCUCUGAUAAAGCCAGACCCGGUUGCUGCGCAGUAUGUAGUCGAAAUCAGCAAGUUCAAUCUAUCCAGCUCGGCUUUCGACGUAGUUCUGCAGCGGGGCAACAACCAGGAGGAGGAUUUCCCAGUUUCAAUACCCAGCUCCUACGGCAGUGGGCAGUUCUGGGUGCAUGUCUAUCGUGUUGGACUGGCUGGCUUCUUGGAAACGAUAAGUCUGGCUCAUCAGCUGUAUUCAGUUGCAGAUCCGCGACCGGUAGUGCCUUGGUCCAGCUCUACAACUGGAGAACUUCCUGGAUAUUCCGUGUCGGCAGGAGCAGGGUUUGUACUCCUGAAUAUGACCCUCCCAAUGCUCCUCCAGCAACCUCCCUUGUCUCCUACAGGAUUUAUUACGGCCGAUUGUUCGCCACUCCUUACUUCUAGCACACCUUUCGACGUUCGUUCUGGCUAUUGGAUUUACUUAGCCGUUUUUUCUGCAAGCUGCAUGAUCCGGGUGCGAUACAGUUCGCCUACCGAUGCUGCAACGCCAUGGCGAUGGGUGGACGCACGCUUACCUUCACUGAGCGUGGAUGUGCAGGCCCAGAUACCACCGCCAAUACAGAAGCUUUACUCACGCAAUUACUCGUGGAGCAUUGCUGAGUACAACUCUACAAGUGGAGCUUUUGUAAACGUCUUCAGCCAAGCAGCACAGAAUGCGUAUGGCGUUACGACCAUAAAAUCCCUGCAAACAAUGCUGCUAUUUCAACAGAAGUAUGGCUAUGCCCGGGUGGAGCUUAUCGGUGAAAAUUACGACGGGUUUCACCGGACAUUGCUCGUCACUGAUCUCGCACACUACAUACAGCCCAACUUGCCAUUCCUGCCACAGUGGCCCCAGGGCGCCGCCUCCUUGUCCGUAGUGCAGAGUGCAACUCACUCCACUAUCACUGUGCUCCUGCCAGAUUUAACUGACAACCAGACAACUUUCGCCUACCCGUACCUUGCCAUACACAUCGAGCACACGACGGACGAGAUGAACGUGUCCAGCAUUGACAUAGUGCAGAGGAAUGCUUCCCCGGCUGCGUUCGCUCCUUACGGGAACGCUCGGCUGACCAAGCGACUGCCGCUGGGAACAUACAGCAUUCGAAUACGCGGGCAAAGCACCGACUGCGCUGACCCGGCUGCUGCAGCAGCAUGUAGCAACGGCAGCAGUAAUGGCAGUGCCACGCAAUACACACAAUUCACGCCUAGCUUGAUCUUCUCUGUUCAGCAUGCGGUCUCGCUGACUAUUCCUUUCCCAAGCGCAAAGGUAACGCCGGAUGCAGUGUCCUUCAAUGUCUAUGUGGAAAGAUACAGCACUCAACCUGAACAGCUUUCCACCAGCUUUUUGCAGGCGCAUAAGCAGUACGGUUACCAGCCCCAGGAUUUCCCCCUCAACAUUACUGUUGGAAGUUGGUCACGGAAUGUUGUAUACUAUACAAUAGUUGAGCAGCUGAACUGUAAUGGUGGAUUGGUGACCUUGCAAGUGCAAGAAGUUGUCGUGGACAACGUGCAGGGAUUGUUACGUCCUCUCUGGCCUGAGCUUGGUCUGCCAGACGUUACCGCUGAUGGCCCGAGUAUGGGCAAAGUUGUGAUUCCUCUACCAACGAAUCAGUCUGUAUUUGGUGGCGAUAUUACGACAUGCCCCACUGCCAAUUUCCAGCAAUGGUCAAUAUCUGUGUUGCCCGUCAUAGGAAAUAUGAGUACAACGUCUCCAGACAACUUUGUCGCUCUGCCCAAUGCAACGCAAAUUGAACUAUCCCUACCAGCAGGCUUCUACAAGGUGUAUGUAUUUGCUAGAGGUACAUGCCCUUCUUUGUUGACUUCUCCUGAUUGGUACUUCGCAGUCAUGCCCGAUCAUGUGACCAUUGGCUUGCCAAGCUACACCCUCUCUCCGUUCAUAUCUUCUACCAGCGUGGUGGAAUGGUACACGACCGUGGACUGGUACAACCGAGCGACCCGACGCAAGGAGACGGUGUGGUCUUUCUCUGUAACAAAUCCGGUCCCCACCCUCAGGCUCAUUCGUAUUCCCGACGGCCGCGGCCAUUUGGUCGUGCGCACCGUUGUGAAGCUUGUGGAUGGCACAUGGGAUAACAUAGGAAUACGUACACAAGUAAUUAACAACCAGUUGACAUGCAACCUUCCGGAAUUUCCGUCAGAAUAUACAUCUGGUUCGCCUAUUUCCCACGGUAUCAAUACAACUGACUAUCGUGUAACUCUUCCCCCUGCUCCCAUGGGUGACCUGGGCAAUGUCAUUGUGGUAGACGUGUAUGCGUUCAAUGGUACCAGGCUUGGCAAGACUUCUUCAACUGUACAGCCCCUUUCUACAGGUUCUUUCAGCAUUGGCGAGCUGAGAGAUGGUUCUUACGAGGUGACAAUUAAGUAUUGCGACCAGGAUUCAAACAGCACGCUGCUCAGCAAUUGUAGCCUUGAAGGUCCGGGAAAAGUGCUCCGGUUGGAGUCCAGUCUUGUGCAAUUCACCACAUCCCUGGCAUCGCCCAGACCACUUCCGACGCGCUACGAGAUGGCAAUUUUCAGUCCUGACUUUGCACGUAACACGAACCGGAGAGCGUUUAUUGGUAGCUCUGGCGUCCUGCCCUUCAGUACGGAAAUCAAUGUCACCGCCACCUACUACGCGGUGAGAAUGACAGAGAUCAGUGAGUUUGGUGACUACAAUACCAAACGUCUUCAAUACCACACUGCCCUGGCUGUCGGUAUCCCUUACAAACUUACACUGGUGCUUUGGAUUGAGGGUGCCAUCACCAGAGCUGAGUCACUGAGUCGAAAUAUGAGCAGGCUGUUCAUCCGCCUGCCCGGCCUCACCGCGCUGGACUGGAGUGUGUACCAGUGGGUCCAGUAUGAGAUACGCCCAUUCAAUUUGUCACACUGGGCUAAUUCUCUGCUGGAAUCACAUCAAAGCAAUGUCACAUGGAUUCCAAGAAGUCUGCCCUUGAGAGAUGGAGGCUAUGAAAUUCGAGUACGGGCUGCAGUAGGGUCUAUGAGCAGUUUCUCGCCUACCUCCAGUGCGACAACUCUUUGGUCACCGCCGAUUCCAUUCUCAGUUCGCUCAUCAUAUGAAGAAAUAUGGGUGUCGUUGCCAGAAGCCAUUGCCGAAAUAGCUGAAGGACUUUCCGGGUUCAGGAUUGUCUUUUCUCAGUUCAAUGAUGCCUCCAGGACACUUGAAACGGUGCAAACGUUCCACCUUCCAUCAGCUGCAGCAUUUCCUCACAACAUCACUGUCCACUCCGCUUUGCCUCACUGGUUUGUGACCAUAAGAGUGGAUGUGCGCGAUGCAUCCGACUUCUGGAGAACGGUUUCAUUGGACAAGAGAGAGCAUUACAUCCCGGCGGAUGUCUUUAAGCCAACCUUCCCGGUGUGGCCGAAUGGCGUGCAGUCAAUAGUCGCAGUCAACACCACGUUCAACAGCACUCAGUUCAACAUCUCCCUUCCCAGUGCCCAGCCAGCAGACAUCGCUCAAUACUCAAACCUAUCCAUCGAGGGCAGGAUUGAAGGCAGUGGUGAUGUGUAUGAGGUAUAUCAAGUCCUGCAAACAAAUUCGUCCAACCGGCCGUCAUUUGUUGUUCUUGAUCGUCUGUUCACGCGUAAUUCCUAUGAAAUACGCAUACGUGGCUGCAGCGCAAACAGCACAUAUACCGGCUACAGUGAGCCCCUGGUGGUCACCUUUCCGCUAAUCACAUUUAAGGUGCUUUUGAAACAAGCCGAUCCGGUUGCUGCUUUGUAUGUGGUGGAAAUCCACAAGCGGGAUCUGAACAGUUCGAACUUCACUGUAGCCCAGAAACCAGGCGGCUACCAGGAGAGCGACUUCCCUGUCUUUGUACCCACCUCCUACCGCAGUGGACAGUUCUGGGUGCACGUGUAUCGUUUUGGACUGGCUGGGUUCAGGAAUACAAUCAGCUUGGUUCACACUCUCUUUUCCGAGCCAAAACCAUAUCCUGUGCUUCCGUGGACAGACUCAAGCGGGAAUCUCUUACCGGUAUCUAUUGGGGAUCGGACGGCGAACAUCUCACUACCGAAUGUCACUUUGCCAGGGAACGUUCCGAUCAUGCCGGGCCCAGCUUUACUGAUAGCGCGCGACAGAUUGACCUUACGCUUCCUGGCUCCACUUGAUGUGUUCCAGUAUCUCGCCGUGGGUGUCAAUUUUGAAUUCUCUGUUCAAGUUGGAGACCUAGUAUCCCCAUGGAGGUGGAUUGACCUUCGAACACACCAUGUGGCACUCCUACUUUCUGCAAGCGCAAUAGAUUCAAGGCUGCUUCAAGCCUCGCACACGAUAACCCAGAUAGUCAGCCAGUAUUACCCCGGAAACAGAACUCUUAUCAAAGAGAUUGAGAGCACAAGCCCAGGCAAUGUGACUUUUUACCUGCCACCCCUGACUUUUCAACUGAAUCAGCCAGGUUAUGGUUACUACCGACUGCAGGUGAUUGGGACCAAUUAUGAGGGAUUUCGGCGCACACUCUACUCCAGAGACUACCAACGGUACCGGCAGCCAAAUUUGCCAUUCUUCCCCAAAUGGCCCUAUUAUUCAUCGUCCCUCAACUAUAUCCAAACUCAUAAUGAGAGCGUAAUAACCCUGAUCCUACCCCGAUUUGGACCUGCUCAGAUUAUCACCUACCCAUAUAUGGCUGUUCAUAUCAACAGUGAGCCUUAUUGUAGCAGCAAAUCAAGCAUUGACACUUUCCUGAGUGAUCCCGCACUGAGAAAUAUGUCUACGGGCGUCUGGAACUGGGUACGACUCCGCAAACAACUGCCGCUGGGAACGUACGCCAUCCAGGUGCGUGGUCUAAGCAAUAACUGCACAGACCAAUGUGACAACUCCACGCUAUACUCGCGUUUCACUGCUGAGUGGAUUUUCUCUGUAGCGUACGUAGUUCAGGCGAGUGUAGCUUUUCCAGAAUCCCGAGUCACUCCCGAUGGCAUUUCAUUCGGCGUCCGGGUUGAGAGGUACUAUAUUGAUCACCCUACAGCUGGUUCACGUUUUGGCCUGAUAUAUUCUAGGGACCACCUUCAGCUGAGCGCCUUUCCACUGAUCCUAUACUUCGGAAGCUGGUCAAGGAAUGUGGUGUACUAUGCAAGUGUGCAACAGUCUGGCUAUCACGGCGGCCUUCUGACGUUGGAGACCACUGAAAUAGUUGGUAACGAUACCCUUACGGCAUCACUUUUCGAUGAUGAGGAUGAACUGAAUUCGGGCCAACAAAGUCUAGGGGAAGAGAAUGAUACUAUAACAGGUAACUUCAGACCCUUGUGGCCGGAACUUGGACAGCCGAACAUGACACAGGAAAGCCCCACGGAGAACACGUUGACGGUGCGUCUGCCCGGCAAUCAGCUGUAUUGGCAACGGAACGGAGCAUGCCGUAUUGCAUUUGGCUCGGCAUUUGUUGUCAACUUCACCAGGGUCUCAGGUUCCACAAGUCUUGGCAGCCAUUUAGUUCUCAUGCCACCAACCAAUGCUAGUACGCUUGUGGUGGCAGACUUUCCAACUGGUUUCUGGCGCGCCACUGUAUCCAUAGAAACCGUGGGGUCAUGUCCUCCUCCCAUCCUGAGAGUUUCUACUCCCUGGUACUUUCUGGUCCGCACUGAUCUUGUGCGCGUACCUCUGCCGAGCACAUUACCACUGCCGGGAAUACCUGGCAGCAACGUGCUGGAAACACACACAUCUGUGGAUUGGUACAACGCCACAGCAGGCCGCAUGCAGCAGCUCUACCAUACAACAGCGGUCACCAACGACUCAGUGUUGCUCAGUGUUCCCGACGGGCAUGGGUACUUUGCGUCGCGCGUUACGGUGAAGCUCAUUGACGGCACGUGGACAAUGCGUGGUGUUUAUACCAAUCUGUUCAAGCCAGAACUGACCCAGAAUUUGCCAGACUUUGCUGACUUCACGACCAUGCCACCAUUCAGGAGCACGCCCAUCAGUGCCAACACCUCCAGCGUUGAAAUCCUGCUUCCACCUGUCAACAACACUGAGUACACCUCCUAUAGUCUGUCAGUGCAUGGCUACAAUGGUACACGCCUUGCUGCAGUCUCCACGUUUCUCAUUCCUAUCGCCAAUCACUCUCAGUUCAGCAUUGGCAACAUGACAGAUGGCACGUAUGAAUUGGUUCUGCGGUUCUGCGUUCAACUGGGUGCCAGCCUCGUCAACUGCAGCCAUGAGAGUCCGGGAUACGUCUUUCGGCUGGAGUCAUCUCACAUACAGUACACUGCUACACUUGCGUCGACCCGGCCAUUGCCUGUCCGCUACGAAGUCAUCGUCCUACGUACAAACAGAACCGGUCUCGGGACCGUCCUAUUCAAGCAAACAGUGUCCGGUUCCGGUGCGUUCCCGUUCCAUGCCAUGGUAGACUGUGUUCCCGGCCAUUACGUGGUGCAAGUGGACGAGAUUGACGAAUACGGAGACUACCGAACGCAGACUCUCACCUACUACACAGCUCUUGCUGCGUUACUUGAUUCUUGGAACGCAUUUCCGGGCCUGUCAUGGCUGGAGGGCGACAGCAUUGCUGCAGACCAGUCCAUGACACUCGGCUUGAGCCGUCUGGUCAUGCGUCGGCCCAAUCUCAGUGUCGCGCAGCUGGAUUGGUUUUCAGUCCUACACUUCCGGUACCGACUUGUCAAUAUGUCUUUCGAACCGCAAGCACAAAUCCAAAUUAACGCUGCGGUGACUGCAACAUCUAGUGUACUAAUGGAUGGCCAGUAUGAACUCCAAGCAAGGGCGAUUAGUGGUGUAGGCGGUUUCUUCAACUCAAGCAGCGGCUGGACGCCUCCGAUUCGAUUUUCGAUGCGCUCCACGUACGGCCAAAUCCGUGUUGGACUAAAUGGGUCGACAUACAUCAAUGAAUUCGUUUACGUGGUGGACAUUUUCCGUUACUUUUCCAGUUCGGAUGCUUACAGACUCGUUUACUCGAGGUCCAACUUCUCUGCUGGUGAUUUUGAUGAAAUCGUGCUUCUGGCAUACAGGAGAGGCUAUUUCCUGACUCGAGUUGAUGGCAUCGAUGCGUUUGGCGCACGUCGAACUCUAUCCCUCGUCAACUCAAUGUACCCAAUAGCCGGAACUGCCCCGCUACCUGUUGAGUGGUCUUCAGUGGACGCUGCACGAGGAACAUCGAGUGCCGACAAUGCCAGCACGGUAACGGUGGAGCUGCCCCGAGUACCAGGGUACACGACUGUUGAGCUAGAUCACCGGCCGCUGGGUGCGGCAGCCUGGACUACCCACCGGGUUCAGUUAGGUCUCUCGCCGUACUCUCUGCCGGGCACGUUCACUGAUGGCUCGUACGAAACACGUGCCCGUGGUGUGGAGAAAGUGGGUUGCUGCGAUACCUUCAGUGUCUACUCACCAACCCUUCGCUUCAGACUACGCUCUCAGAUCUCUAUGUUUACGAUCCCCGCGCCCAACCCGGAUCCUGCGGCACUGUCCUACCGUGCACGGAUCUAUCAUUACAAGAGUAACUCAAGUCUAUUUGUACCAGUGUUUGAGGCAGGUGGUCUCUCCGAGAGGGACUUUCCCUUUGUGGCUAACGUCAACUUGAGCAGCAGUGCGUUCAUCAGGCGUGUGGAGAGCUUUGACGAACGGGGCUUCAGGCGCACCGUGGCCGCCAUGGGCUUCUACAAGUACUUGGCAGGUUUACCACCAACGAUGAUAACUUGGUUACAAGAGUCAGUCUUCUACAAUGGCAGCUCACCGGAGGACAUCAUUCAACUCACACCUAUCAGACCGGGAUGGGAGAACAUAACCGUCAAAAUGAACGUGCGUCUCACUGUUCACACUCUUUUCUUCCAGUACGGUGUGUGCAUUAAGAAAACAAGCGACCCUGCUCCUUGUUCCGAGUAUGUGCAUAUCGUUCCAACGCGCAACGGUACGGCGGACUUUACUCCACGCGUGUCUCUUGAAGGCGGCUAUGAGUAUGUGCUGCAAGUGAUAGCAUUACCCAGGUCAAUCGUGUCACUGCCGCUCUACUUCCCCGUCCUGGGAAACUAUCCCCUUGUUAUCCCUCUGCUCGCGGCUGACCCGAGCGCAGUGCGCUACGCUGUGCAGGUGACGCGUUUCAACGAGACCACACUGCAACACGAUGUGGUAUUCAACAGGUCUGACUACCAGCAGCAGGACUUCAACGUGACAAUUCAGCUCGACCGGUACGGCUACUAUGUGCGGCGCGUGGACAGGAUUGACGCCAGUGGUGGUCGCCUGACUCUCGGCCUCUAUGUGAAAACGUUUGAAACUGACCCCACCUGGCAGAGACUGGUGAACUGGCCAGAGGACAGGCAAGUCGUGUCGAGCCACGUCGUGGCGCCCGGAGAAAGCAACGUCACCAUCCAGCUGCCAUUCGUGCAGGCGUGUGCUGCCUGCUGGGUAUUCUCUAUUGUUCUCGGGUACACGGGCCGUAGCGAGAGCUGGACUCGUCGGCUACGUGCUGUGAACGUCAGCAGCAGUGCCAGUGGCAAUCGUGAGUUCGUCGUUCCAAUGCCACUGAGUGACGGGGCUUACAGCGUGCAGGUUCAACGCUCUGCGACGAACCGGAACUGGACAAGUGCGCUCACCUUGCCAUGGUGGUUUCAUCUGAACGCACUGGGAUGGAUUGUGGUGCCAGUACCAUCGGACAAUGGCACGGCACACUACUACACUGUAGAAAUACUUGCCUAUAACAGCACCGCGCAGAGCUCUGAGCUCGUACGCCGCUAUCACAACCUCAGCUUCGUGGACUUCCCUUUCACCAUCAGUAACUUGACCGGUGGGCGCUACGAAGUCAGGCUGGAUGCAACUAGCUCUGACAACAUAGUGCGCACGCUGUCCGUAUCAGCAGCCUCUUACGGAGCACAAGAAGGCAAUGCACCGACGUUCAUUGAAUGGCCGGAAGUGAGCACAGUCACGGCCGGUACAGCCGGCGGCGGCGCCUCUCUGACUUCGCUGGUCACAGUGUCCACGGCCGCCGUCACCGUACAGCUGCCCCGCCUGAGCGUGUCCGUACAGCAGGAGUUCCCACUGCUGGAGGUGUCCUACAGGCAGUACAUAGCCAGUGGCAGCAGCAGCCUCACUUGGAGCACGCCCAUACUGGUCGCCAGCAACUCUACCAGCGUCAACUUGCCGACCAUUCUCUUCAGCGGCAGCUACGAGAUGCGCGUGCGUGGGCAGAGCCUGACCCGGAACAACGUCACCGUCUACACAGCGUUCACCGCAGCUCUCAGGUUCCGUGCCAACGGACGGAGAUACAGUUCUCCACCGAUCCUCGCGGAUGAAAUCAGUCAAGGCAGCAUUGCUGCAAUCAUCUGGGUCAUCUGUGCCAUCUGGAUUCUGGCGGCAAUUCUCAUUUCACGACACCGAGAAAGGCAGUCUGAAGAAGACAUAGUCGUACACUAUGAUGUACCAAUGGACCAGCUGGGUCGUCCGCAUCGUGAAAACACCUACCACAAUGCCAUGGUGGUCGACAAGCCAAAGUGGGGGCAGCCCCGGCCGGACAAAGGGAGCACGACAAAAAGCGCGGUCAGUAUGGAGUCUGAGCUGGCUGGGUCAGGUUCACAUGAGAACAGGAUGUACUCCGAGGUUGACACGGCGGCCAUCGACAACGCUUUACCCAGGAUCGAGGAGCGCAACAGGCAAGACGACGACGACGGCGACUGUGUAUAUGCAGAAGUGGGUGAUGAUGGCGCAUUCGAACCAGACGAGCCAGCCGCGCAAGAGGCUCAAUAUGUAGAGCCUGUGGAGCCCACUGCCCCUGCCGAUCCCACUACCCACGCAGAACCUGUGGAGCCCACUGCCCCUGCCGAACCCACGGAGCCCACUACCCACGCAGAACCUGUGGAGCCCACUGCCCCUGCCGAACCCACGGAGCCCACUACCCCUGCCGAACCCACGGAGCCCACUACCCCUGCCGAACCUGCGGAGCCCACUACCCCUGCCGAACCUGUGGAGCCCACUACCCCUGCAGAACCUGUGGAGCCCACUACCCCUGCCGAACCCGUGGAGCACACUGCCCCUGCAGAACCGACCUCCCCAGCUGAAUCCAGGAUUCCUGUCGAACUAGACGAACUAGAAGCAACCGCCGUGUAAGAUUAGAACGGCGCACAGCUGGGCAGCGGCCUACUCCAAGUACUAGUAGUAGCAUCCAUGCCAGUGAGUGAGUGUAGCCCGUACUGCUACUAGUACAAUCAUGUAGUUGACAGGUUGUGCCUGCAGCCUUGUAGUGGGCGAGGCAGAACUCCGUCCAUAGCUUUGUUUUUAGUGAAGAGCUCAUGUGCAUGUACAUGGACCUAAGGAUUGUAUUGUGCACAGCAUGCCACUCCUAUAGCGUUCGCAUAGACUUCUGCCAUAGCAUACCUGCGUGCUCCUUGCGCAUGCUCAUACUUGUGCUUGCAAUGCUGCUUAUGUGCAUGUUGUUGCCAGGAAAUCAAUGUGAUUACGUUACUGCAAGUGCCUGUCACUGCGGGUUCCUGCCGUGUCCCGUUUGUCAACGUACACUUUUCCCAUAGAUAAUCGGUGAAUUGAAUAACACUUCAUAACAAUA